GUCUCCACGGUUACAACGUACGUGUAUCCAUGAGCGUGUUUUAACUGACGUAGCCAGCUUUUGUGAAUUGGCAUCCUGUGUCUUGUUGCUCUUUUCUGCACAGUUUCUAAGCGUAAUAAGCAGAGAGGGUUACCAUGGUGACGACGCUCAGGACGAGGAGACGGCAGAGGGAGGGAGUUAUAGUAGCAGCAGAGACACAGAGAGACACCUCCGAGAUCCUCCUUACUGCUGCAAUAGUUCAGACUUAAAGGACUUUCGAUGGACUUAAAUCACCUGCAGACUCGCUGCUGACUUGUCGAUGAAGACCCUUUCAGAUUGUGGACAGGUGACAGCUACUAACUGCCCGAUGGAGAAAUAUGAAAAGCUGGCCAAAAUUGGCGAGGGUUCCUACGGUGUGGUGUUCAAGUGCAGACACAGAGAUACUGGACAGAUAGUCGCCAUCAAGAAGUUUGUGGAGUCUGAAGAUGACCCCGUCAUUAAGAAGAUUGCAUUGCGAGAAAUACGAAUGCUGAAGCAGCUGAAACACGUGAAUCUGGUCAACCUGCUGGAGGUCUUCAGGAGGAAACGACGGCUCCACUUGGUGUUUGAGUUCUGCGAGCAGACGGUCCUCAACGAGCUGGACAAACACCCUCGAGGGGUACCAGAGGCUCAGCUGAAGAGUAUAGUGUGGCAGACUCUGCAGGCUGUCAACUUCUGCCACAAGCAUAAUUGCAUCCACCGUGAUGUAAAGCCAGAGAACAUCCUCCUCACCAAAACCGGAGUCAUCAAGCUCUGCGACUUCGGCUUCGCCCGCAUUCUGACGGGACCGGAGGAUGACUACACAGACUACGUGGCGACCCGCUGGUACCGGGCCCCGGAGCUGCUGGUCGGGGACACUCAGUACGGGCCUGCCGUGGACGUGUGGGCCCUGGGCUGCGUCUUCGCCGAGCUGCUCAACGGGAAUCCACUGUGGCCCGGGAAGUCUGACGUUGACCAGCUCUACCUCAUCCGAAAAACUCUAGGUGACCUGAUCCCUCGUCACCAGCAGGUCUUCCGCUCCAACGUCUUCUUCAGCGGAGUCAGUAUUCCUGAACCUGACACGACGGAGCCCUUGGAAAAGCGCUUCCACGGCGUGUCUCUUCACGCCCUCCAGGUUAUGAAGUCGUGCCUGGUGAUGGACCCCUCGCUCCGGCUGUCCUUGGAAGAGCUGCUGGAGCUGCCUUACUUCCAGGAGGAUGGAGUCAACUGGGGCCGUGAGGGCGAGCGCCCGGGAAGACGACAUGACAAAGGUUCACGACGCAGACAGCCAGGGGCUCAGUACCUGCCUCAGUUACUCAACAGCAACAUCUCACCAGCACCGGAUGUUAAGAAGCAGGUGAAGCAUAAAUAUCACCUGCCCAACAUUUAACAAAGCAACACGUUUGUGUCUGAACUGAGAAGGAUGGACUUGUGGAAACAUCUGAAUACAGUACAGUUUGCAUAUAUUCUUGGUGUGGCGGUGAAAAAGUGUAUUUUAAGUCUAUGAUCACUUUCACUUGUCAUGUUUGUUGACAUCACUUAAUGUACACAACACUCAACAGUUAGGACAUUUACACUUGCAGGUUAGGCAACAUACUGUACUUAAAGUACCCAAAGGAUACAGCAAGUGUCAGUGCUGAAGACGUCAUUCACAUCUCUAUAAAAUGAUAUUAAAUAGCUCAUGAAAGUCA